GAAAAGGACCUGGAGCCUUGUCGCCAAGGGCUUGUCGAUAAAGGAAGUGAGGUGCUGCCGUGUCGAGCUGUUGCUCGUACUUGGGCAUUUUUAUUAAAGUAGCACUGUCGAGGAUAAGGUCGCUCUGGCGUAUCCACAGUUCGAGCAGUGUCGAGGCAGAAGCGCAGGACAUACGUCCCGAUCGGCGCUUUCUAUUAGUGACAAUCAAGUGAUAAAUAAGUAAUCCUUCGGAAUGGUGUCAAGACGAAAAAUUUUGUCGCGCUCGCGGGAUAAUCUCGCCGACGCACAAUAUGAAGAACAAGAAGAAGAAGAUGUUUGGUAUAAUAUGGAUAAAUUAUACAAGGAUCAUAUACAGGAAGUUCUAGACAAGUGGAAUCAAAUAGACGACGAGAUAUGGGCCAAGGUCAUUGUUUUCGAAAGGAACAGACGCGUGGCGAAGGCGUACGCAAGGGCGCCGGUGCUAACGGUCAAUGGCUCCAACGACGGCUUUGACGGUUUCAGAAUAGGAUUGUGCGGAUUCGACAAUCCGAUGCGAGAUAGCAAAACGGAGGAAGCUAAGCGACAUAUUAAUCAAGGUGUAAAGAUAAAGAUGGAUGAGCAGGGCAAUAUACUCAUAAAGAGAUUAUGCAAGAGCAAUGUUUACGUAAGGGCGACAAAUCAGGAGGAUAACGCGAUUGGCGCGGAAAUCAUACGCAAUUCACAAGGAGCGCUUGAACACGAGAAACCCGGAAAGCUUUUUGACAUGAACAAAUUUCAAACCAACUUAUCACGAGAAACGAGGAGAGCUUAUCCGGACAGACGAAGAUUGGAAACACAAUGUCUGAGUGCAAUAGUGUUUGUGCGCACGGAUACCGAUAUUUUGCAAUGUCCAGUUUGGGUCCUCAUCGUCAAUGUUGUUGGCCUCGACAUGUUAAAAUCCAAGCUUCCACCAGUCUUAGCACUGCAGAGGCCCGUGGAUAUUAAAAAUCGACCCAGAAUCCCUAUACCGGACGAGGAUCCCUACAGCAUUGCCGGGGUUUCGACGUCUUCGGGUCCAAGCGAUAACCUCCAGCAACAGCAUCAGCAGCAUCAGCAACAGCAACAGCAACAGCAACAGCACCAGCAGCAGCUUCACCACCACCAGCAGCAGCGUCAGUCGACGCAUCGUCGCGGUGAAAGGCCGCCGAAAUUGCCACCCCGGGAAAACCUCUACGGCCAUGACAUACCCAAGAUGCCGAGGCAGGUUUAUGUGAAGCCCGAUUAUGACGAUAUUGAAGACGACUAUGUGUCCAGUUCCGUAAGACCACCCGUUAUGGAAGACAAAAAGAUUAAAAAAGAAAACAAUAAAAAAUAUGACGACCCCUACUACUGCGGCCUACGUGCACGCGUUCCGAACUUUGUGAAAAUGGCGAAGAGCAACGGCGGGCAGCCCCCGGCGUCGGCGAAGCUGCCCUACAGCCACGGGGCGGUCCGUAACACCCCGCAGCAGCAGCAACAACAACAGCAACAGCAGCACCAUCACCACCAUCACCAUCAUCAAAUGGCUUAUGCUGAUACCCAUAACUAUCCGCUUGUCCAUAGCCAGUCCUCUCAGAUUUACGGACAACACGUGGCCCUAGCAGCAGCCAAGCGACCCUCCAUCAUGUAUCAUGCGAGGAGCUUUGAGAGUGGACUCGACACUGACGAUAGAAUCGAUUCUCCAUAUAAUCAUAUUUAUGGAAGGUUACCUAUCCCAACGAGAGGCAUGAUACCACCAACACCUCGUGCUAUGUUCAUCGGCGAGUGGGAUUAAAAUUUAAUAGAAAUUUGAUUUCUUUCUCCUUUACGUUUCCUUUCAGUUUCACGAUUUCUUCUCUACUUCUUUAACGCCUGGCUCUUGCUCUUUAUAAUUUAUACUUAUAAAACUUGUAUAUUGUUAA